CUCACAACACAAAAACAUCAAUUCCAUUAUCAUUACUCCUUCCCUCCCCCUCCCACUCCCCCUCCCCCUCCCCCUCUCCCAACCAAACAGGCCUCAAGCAGAGAAACGCCAUUUCUGUGAGCUAGUAGUAUCGCGACCGUUAACGAUGGGAAGAGAAUGAGGAAGUAUCAUCAUCGGCGAUCAUGUCGGUCUCGUACUCCGAUUGUUUCUCGGACCUUCUCUGUUGUGAGGACUCCGGCAUAUUAUCCGACGAGUCUCCGGCGGAAUGCUCGUCGGACUUCGAUUCUUCCUCAUGCGGCGUAGAGGAGGAAUCGAUCGCCGGUUACAUUGAAGAUGAGAGACACUUCGUCCCCGGUGUCGAUUACUUGUCUCAGUUCCAAUCUUGCUCUCUCGAUGCCUCCGCCAGAGAACAAUCCGUUGCGUGGAUUCUUAAGGUGCAGGCAUAUUAUGGAUUCCAACCUCUAACGGCUUAUCUAUCCGUCAACUACUUGGAUCGAUUCCUUUAUUCUCGCCGUUUGCCGCAAACAAAUGGGUGGCCAAUGCAACUCCUAUCCGUGGCUUGCUUGUCAUUAGCUGCUAAGAUGGAGGAACCUCUGGUUCCUUCCUUAUUGGACCUUCAGGUUGAAGGUGUAAAAUAUAUAUUUGAACCAAGAACAAUCCGGAGGAUGGAGUUUCUGGUUCUGAGUGUAUUGGAUUGGAGGCUGCGCUCCAUAACACCAUUUACCUUCAUAAAUUUCUUUGCAUGCAAGCUCGAUCCAACAGGAAAUUAUGUCGCCUUUCUAAUUAAAAGGGCCACUGAAAUCAUUUUCUCUAAUGUCCAAGAGGCUAGCUUUGUAGAGUAUUGGCCGUCAAGCAUCGCUGCAGCAGCGAUACUCAGUGCAGCCAAUGAAAUACCAAACUUGUCUCUUAUUGUUGAUCCUCAACAUGCUGAAUCGUGGUGUGAUGGCCUCAACAAAGAAAAAAUCAUGAGGUGUUACAGUUUAAUGCAAGAUAUGGUGGUUGAUAAUAAAAGAAGGAAUCCCGCAAAAAUGUUGCCGCAGCUACGAGUGACAAUCCGGGCCAGAAUGAGAGAAACAAGUGGGUGGGGGGUGGUGGUGGUGGUGAUUGACUUCAAUGGCAGCAUUGAUUAGUGAAUGAAAGCGAGCGAAGAGGAGAUCCAUGGUAGGACCCCCCUUUUCUGUAUAUAGAGGGGGUGGAUCGAUCGAGGUUGAAGAUUUUUGUGAUGCUGUAAUUAUAAGCCAAGCUUCCCAUACUGCUUACCACCAAUAUUGCUUCUUCAGCUGCUACCACAAGAAGUCCAAUUGAUGAUGGAGAAGAUAGACAAAAUGUCCAUCAUCUUUUUCUUUCAUUUUUUUAUUUAUUGAGUGUGUAUUUGUGUGUUUUUUUGGCGGGAGUUGCCUCUUCUUCUUCUAAUGGCCUUGAUGAUCCACCAUGGCCUAACCAUACCUUCUUUCUGUUUUUUUUUAACUCUUGAUAAGUGGAGUUCACGCGUGUGUGGUGGAUAUACACGUGUGUGUAUCAGCGUAUGUAUAUAUAUUUUGAUUGAGAGGGGGAAAGAAAAAAACCCUAACAUAUAUAUAUAUAUAUAUAAAUUAUGAAGUUGAAAGGUCUUUGGGGCCUUUUCACAUGCUUUUGUUCUAUAAUAAUAAUAAUGUUAAUUCCAAUUAUAUGUAUACUAUCAAUCUAUCAUAUCUUCUUUUUUUAAAUUGAUGUCAGCACGUGAUGGAGAACAGAGACUUUUGUAGUUUUUCCAUUUGU